AUGCGAAUUGCUUUCAGUUGGCCGAGUAGUCCGAUGACAUUCUUUGACGUGCCACCGAUGUUGAUCGUAUUCAUCUCGUUGGGUCGUUGGCUCGAACAUAAAGCAAAGGGCAAAACCUCGGAAGCGUUAAGCAAACUCAUGUCUCUACAAGCAAAAGAAGCACUACUAAUCACACGUGAUGAACAAGGUCGAAUCCUUUCCGAACAGGGUAUCGAUAUCGAAUUGGUACAACGUGGAGAUUUGAUCAAGGUGUUGCCCGGUGCAAAAAUCCCGGUGGAUGGCGUUGUGAUUGAUGGUAAAAGUUCGGUCGAUGAAUCUUUCAUCACCGGAGAAUCAAUGCCGGUGAUUAAAAGAGAAGGGAGUGCAGUGAUAGGUGGUUCGGUGAAUCAGAAGGGUACGUUGAUCAUCGAAGCGACUCACGUCGGUCAAGAGUCAACGUUAGCGCAGAUUGUUCGAUUGGUUGAGGAGGCACAAACGUCGAAGGCGCCUAUUCAACAAACAGCGGAUCGUAUCGCCGGAUAUUUUGUGCCAACCGUAAUUGGGCUUGCCGUGGUGACACUGAUUAUAUGGAUUUUCGUUGGUUAUUUUGUCGUUGAUAAGCAAUUUCAAAGUGAAACAGAAAGGAUCGAAUCAGCGCUGAAACGAGCAUUCGAAGCAGCAAUAACAGUGUUGGCGAUAGCGUGUCCUUGUGCGUUGGGACUAGCCACUCCAACGGCUGUUAUGGUCGGUACGGGUAUUGGUGCCCAUAAUGGUAUUCUUAUCAAAGGUGGUGAACCACUGGAAAUGGCUCAUAAGAUAAAAACGGUCGUAUUCGAUAAGACAGGUACCAUAACAGAGGGUCAUCCUCGUUUGAUUCGUAUUCACACGUUUGUAUCUCAAGCCACUCUUCCACUAAGGCGAAUGUUGGCCAUUAUUGGUUCGGCCGAAUCGAGCAGUGAACAUCCACUCGGCGCUGCGAUCGCCACCUUCGUUAAAGAGGUUUUGUCUCGUUUUGUGGUUCAGUCGUCAAAUUUGAAAUCAUUUAUCGGGCAAUAUUAUUACGCUCACUGUUCAGUAACGAUCACAUUAUCACUCUGA